UAGAAAGCUUCAGUGUUGCGACAGUGUUUUGCUAAUUGAGGUGCGACACCAAUCUCAAUGUUCUCAUCAAAUGGCUAUAGAAUUAAAUUUUGUAAAAUCGGAUAACGAAUCGUGGGGCUUUCGCCUCACUGGUGGAGCCGAAUAUGACGUUCCACUUAUUGUGGUCAAGGUGGCACCAAAUAGUAUUGCCGAAAAUGGGGGACUUAGAGAAAAUGAUAUUAUUGUCAGAGUAAACGACACCCCUACCAUCGGUAUUACGCAUCCUGAUGCCCACGAUUUGCUAGUUUCAGCGGGAAAUAACUUAACUUUAGCAGUUAGGAGAGAUUUGUCUUCAACGUACGAACAAGAAAAUAAUGAAGAAGUAGAAAAUAUUAUGCAAAGUUGUAUAGAAAAUGAAGAAAUAAUCGAAGAUGAACGACAAGUGCAUUUUGAAAUCGUGAAUCCCAACCAGUUAAAUGUUGGUGACUCUGUGGAAGAACAAAAUAAAACUCAAAUAAUAGCACAAAAAGAAACUAAGUCUUUGAAUGCUUCAGUUCCAAUAGUGGAAGAACGAAAGUGGUCAACAUUUUUGCAAAAACCAAAAAAUCCAAAACCUGUAGUAAAAAAACAAGAAGACGCUCCAAAAGGGGAGCCUUACAGAGUUAUAAUAACAAAACAAAAGAAAAAAACUCAAGAUAAGAACAAAAUGAAUGAAACAAAAGUGGACACUAAAGAAGAAGUAGUUGAAAAAAAUGAAGAACUUGAAAAUGUUGCAUUAGAAUCAAAUGUAGCUGCUGUUCAAGAAAUUUCAGUUCGGGCUGAAGUUACAGAAGAGGGAGAAAUACGAAUUGAAGAUAAAGAAAGUGAAGAGAACAGUGAUGCAGAAAAAGACGUGUCAACUGAAUCCAAUAAUAAGGAACAAGCGGAGAAAAAUGCUGAGCUGGAAAAAGUGUUAGAAGAAAAACUUGCCGAAGUUCAGAAACAGUUACAAGCUUUAGCCCAGUUACCUUCAACAAUUCAAUCAACAAUUGAUGCUGUUACUAAACAAUUAGCAACAAUUGUCCAUAUCACAACGUCAUCGGUUGCUGAAAGUGAAGAUAAAGCAAUGUCAGAGGUUAAUUCGGAAUUUGAGGAUGACAAAGCUGAACAAGCUGUUACUGAAGAAAGUUACGUCUCUUCCAAUCAAGACGAAGUCUUUGGCGAAUUAGAAGAAGAAAAACAACUCGAUGCCGAAAUGCAACAGUCUGAAGAAACAGAAAUGUGCGAUGAAACCGUUGAAGUGGAAGAAAAGCAAGUCGAUCCUGAGGAAAGUUUGACCGAAGAGGAGGAAGAAGCCAAAAGAUUAGAACGCGAGCUUUUGGAAAAACAGCAAAAGGAGCGAGAACAAUUCGAGGAGUUCAAGCAACGUCGUUUGAAACAAAAACCAACCUUACCUUUAAAACCUAUUGAGCGUCCCAUAAUUUUACCAGGAGGUCGGAGAUGGUCUCAACCUGAUGACGCAUGUCCAUCUGCUCGACAUCCAAAAAUGUCCGAUGAAAAAAUUGCAAAUACUAUAGAGACCUAUUCCGAAGUAAUCGUUGGGAAACUGAAAGGGAUAAACUUUUUGAAAUAUCAGCCUCCACCUAAAAAUUUGGAUUAUCUCCAACGAUCCGAUGUCUACAAGUUAGUUCAUGAUCUUGAACCACCCGUCAGAGGGAUUUCUAGUAGGGCCUCCAAAAUUUUAGCAGAGCAAGAUUAUUAUCAGGCUGGAUAAUUAUGUUUCCAACAACCUCACAAUUUUUGUUUGUUUAAUAAAUUGUAGUUAAACUGUUGUAUUGUUGAAAAUUUGCAAAUAAAAUACAUUAUUUGUU